AUGGCGACGCUCGACCGUUACAGGCGGGGCGGCCGCGCGGGUGCCGCCGCGCAGGGCCUCGGGCCUCCGGACGACGCGGCGGUGGCGCGGAGCCUGCAGGCGGAGCUGGAGGACGACCGCGAAGGGCACGGGGGCCUGCUGGGCACCGCUGGGAGCGCGGACGGCGUCCCCACGCUCCGGGCUGGCAUCGCCCGCUUGCACCACGGGCGAGACAGGCCGGCGCGUCGUUGGCCCAGCCGGGCCUGUUCCGUGCUCUGUUGCCUCCUGGCCGUGUGUUCGCUCGCUUUCCUCUUGGCUGUUGCUUGCCUGGUGCUGAAAGACUUGCAAUUUGAGAAAGGAAAGACUGAUGAAAGUAUAGAAACAAACCUUUUAGGGUUUUGGAGUCUCCUUAUUCUUGCAUUAGUGUCAGGUCUGUCAUGUUGCAGUUUUUCUUGGACAGUGACCUAUUUUGACUCCUUUGAACCAGGAAUGUUUCCUCCUACCCCACUAUCACCUGCCCGGUUCAGGCGAAUGACAGGGCACUCCUUUCACGUGGGCUAUAGUAUGGCCAUUCUGAAUGGCGUAGUGGCAGCUCUCACAGUAGUAUGGUGUCUCCUUUAGUCUGCAUGGACUCUGUUUCUCUCAAUAUGU